UUUUUUUUAUAUGUAUGAUGAUAUGAAUAAAAUAAAAUAAAUAAAUAAAAGUGGUGUGACGGGAACGUGCAUUAAGAGAAUUAAGCUUUUUUUGCGGUUGCUGCUUAUUUUUCCAUACAAAAUAUAAAAAUAUUUUUUGCUUAUUGGUUUACCUUUGGCUUUCAGAGCAGCAGAGUGCUAGAGAAAAACAAAAGCAAUAACAACAACGCAUUUUGUAUAAAGAAGAGUGUAUAAAAAAAAUAAAAUAAAACUAAUCUAAUCAAGAAAAUAUAAAGGAGAAAAAAGUGAAUACGAAGAAAAAUAAAAACAAUUUUGCAAACAACACAAGAGGUUUUAACUAAAUAAUUAUUAAAUCUACAAAUUGUUGAACAGCAAAAAACCACACUGGUUCCCCACUAUGGAUGUCGAAUAGUUGAAAACAGUUAUUUUCAUAGCGCACACAAGGUGCCAAGCCAGAAAAAUAUUAUCGGUAAACGGUCGUCGAGGCGCUCGGUAGUUAAAGAAGUUGUCAAUUCUUAAGUGUAAACGAAGAUCACUCUCUCUCUCUAUCUCCCUCUCUUUGACACUCUUAUAACAAAAAUAAAAAAAAACAUAUAACUGCAACUAAAAUUAUUAAAACAAAUCAUUAACCCAAGGUUAUACAACCUACAAGAUCAAGGCCGUUUAGAGGCAUUAUUAUUUAAAUUUUAAUUACUGGCGUGAUCAUUUUGCAAAACAUACCACAACAAUGGCCAAUAAUAAUAAUAUAGAUACUUUAACAAAUGAAUGGGAUGAAUUAAAUCGUGAAUUUGUAGAUUUGGAGGACUGUAAUCGCAAAUAUAUUGAAUUGCUGGAACAAUUACAUUCUCAUCAACAGAAAUGUUUUAAUGAAAUUAAACAUCAACGUUAUCGCAUGAAUCAAAUAAGCGCCUCUUUAAAACAAUUCAAAAACAUCCAAUCACCCGAAGAAAAAGAAAAAGUUGCUGAAUUACAGAAAAAUACUUUGAAACGUAAAGCACAACUUUAUGAAAUUGAACAGUCAUUACCUGCAAAAUCGGGACGUUAUCUAAGAAUAAUUUUGGGUGAUGUUAAUGUCUCAAUUCUCAAUAGAAAUGAUAAAGUACGCUAUAAAGAUGAAUAUGAAAAAUUCAAAUUGAUACUUAAUGUCAUAGGUCUGUUAAUGGCAUUUGUUAAUUUGAUAUUUAAUUACAGAGCCCUCGAAUUAUCUUAUAUUUUCUUGUUAGUUUGGUACUAUUGUACCUUAACUAUACGUGAAUCAAUUUUAAAGGUAAAUGGCUCUCGCAUUAAGGGAUGGUGGCGGGCCCAUCAUUUUAUCUCCACCGUGGCAGCUGGUGUUUUAUUGGUUUGGCCUCAGGGUGAACAUUGGCAAUUGUUUAGAAAUCAAUUUAUGUACUUUAAUGCCUAUAUAAGCAUGGUCCAAUAUCUACAAUUCGGUUAUCAAAAGGGUUUACUGUAUCGUUUAAAGGCCUUGGGUGAACGUCAUAAUAUGGAUAUUACCAUUGAGGGCUUCCACUCUUGGAUGUGGCGCGGUUUAAGUUUCUUAUUGCCUUUCUUGUUCAUGGGUUAUGCCUUCCAGGCCUAUAAUGCUUGGACUUUGUAUAAAUUGUCUAUUACUCCACCAGAUGCACCAUGGCAUGUUUCUGCUUUGAGCGGUUUGUUCUUCUUGCUAUUUAUUGGCAACAUUACUACAACUCUGCUGGUGGUACCCGAAAAGAUACGUGAACGUGCCAAGGAACGUUAUCGUUUGAUCAGUAUGGGCAAAUCAAUGAAAUUGCGCAAACAAAUGAAGAAUAGCAUGAGCGAAUCUGAAUUGUCCUCUAAACAAGCCACUACCACUACAUCACCCAUGGCCGAUUCUACCACAUCAUUAGACUCAACAACGCCCGAAGACAAGAAAAGCAACUAGUGAUAAUAAUCUAUAAAAACACACACACACAAAACUAUUAAAGGAAACAAGAACUUAAGUUCCAUUAAAUUAAAUAAAAAACCAUAAUUUAUGAAACAAAAUACAUAAAAAAGUAACAUGCAGACUUAGAAUAUUUAUAAUAGAAACACUAACCUACCGAAAUAUGAAAUUGAAAAAAAUAAAAAAAAACAUUUCAAUUAUAAAA